CUCAAAAAACAGAAAUAGAAAACUCAUUCAGUUCCUUUUUAAUUUCAUUAUUAGUGAAAACUAAUCUGAAAAAACAGAAAUAGAAAACUCAGUCAGUUUCUCUUUCCCACCACACUUGAUCUCUCUUUUAUUUCUUCACAGGUUACAUAACCGCUGCUGCUUCUUCCACUGCAUAAUUCGCAAUCAGCAAAAAUUUAGUGAAACAUGGAGCUGAUUGCUGUACAAGAUUCGUUCGAGAGGGUUGCAAAGAGACGAAAGCUGUCAUCUUCGAAAUCCCAAGAAAUAAUCAUCCAAGUUGUCUAUGAAAUCGAGCAGGCACUGUUAAGAAUACAAUCAAGUAGCGAUUCCAUCGUUGCAGACGUUGAUCAGAAGACAGUUCUUGCUGAACUGAAAGCCAAGCUUCACGUUGUCUGUUCACACGCUCAUUUAGAGGGACCGCUGCAAGAUACGGAGCUCACCAGGUGUCAGAAGGUGCUUGAGAAAGUGCUGCAUCCGGACAUAUCCAUGGCGUGCGUAGAUGCUGAUUUCGAUCGCCAUGUUAUAAACCAGAUAAUUAUUCGUCACUUCUACUCCGAAGCCCUAUUUGACAUCGUCGACUGCUUGGUUAAAGAAGCAGGGGAAGAUGAAGCUAUUUCACUCAGAUUACAAUAUCAAGAGCUUCAUGAAAUACUGGAGGCUCUGAAGUCAAGAGAUCUCGGGCCGGCUUCAAAGUGGAUCUCUGCGAACCAAGAUAGACUGCGCGAGUCCGGCUUGGAUUUGGAGCUAAAACUCCACAAGCUGCAGUUUGUGGACCUUUUGCAAGGCAAGGGAAGAUCUUCCGCGCUUAAAUACGCCAGAACUUAUCUCGCUCCUCUGGCUUCUCGUCACAUGGACGCGAUACAAAGGCUCCUUUGUAGCGUGCUGUGGGCAGAGAGGCUCGACAGGUCCCCCUACGCUGACCUGGCGGAUCCAAGCAACUGGGGGAGUUUCGCGGAGGAUGUGACGCGGGCCUUUUGCAGCUUCGCAGGGCGGUCGAUCAGGGACCCUCUGACCGUUGCGCUAGCUGCUGGGAUGGAAGGGCUGCCGACUCUGCUGAAGCUGGCGAACGUGAUGGCAGCGAAUAAGCAGGAGUGGGAAGCGAUGAAACAGCUCCCAGUGCCUCUAGAGCUGGGGAGGGAGUUCCAUUUUCAUCCAAUCUUUGUCUGUCCCGUUAGCCGGGACCAAUGCAGCGAAGAGAAUCCGCCUAUGCUGCUGCCGUGUGGCCACGUCCUGUGCCAGCUGUCGAUCGAUAAACUGUCGAAGGCGGGCACCCGGAACUUCAAGUGCCCUAACUGCCCUCAUGGUGCUUCUUUAUCACAGUGCAAGCAACUGUGCUUUUAGCAUAGGAGUAGUUUAUAGUGUGAAUUUGCUGUUUUGAUCACAUUUUUUUGCAGUAGCAGUGGAUUCAAUCUUCCUCCCAUGAAUUGGGUUAGAUUGUUUUAUUCACUAAUUUUUUAUCUA